AUGAAUUAUAAAAAAAAAAUUGGAAUUAUAGGUGGAGGUCCUUCAGGAAUAGUUAGUGCUAAAACUGCAAUUGAAUGUGGUUUUGAUGUGGUUAUAUUUGAAAAACAAGAUGAUAUCGGUGGUGUAUGGUCAAUUAAAAAUGGAAAAGCAUGGGAUAAUAUGAAAUCACAUAUUUCAUAUGUAUCAAUGAGUUUCUCUGAUUACUAUUGGGAUGUUCCAGAAGAAAGAAAACCAUUUCAUCCAUCUAGAGAAGAAAUGUAUCAAUAUUUUUAUAAUUAUUGUAAAGAUUUUAAUAUUUUAGAUAAAUUUAAAUUGAAAACCAAUGUUAUUGAUGUAAAUCAAAUAAACCAUACCAAGAAAUGGUUAAUAAAAUACUCAACUACUAUAAAUAAUGAUGGUGAUGUUGAAUUUAAUGAAGAGGAAUUUGAUUUUAUAAUAAUUUCAACAGGGUUUUUAGCAAAAAAAAAAGAAAUUAAUAUUAAAAAUAAAUUUAAUAAUUUUAAUGGUAAAAUUUGGACAUCUGAUCAAUAUAAAAAUCCAAAUCAUUUUAAAGAUAAAAGAGUUUUAAUUAUUGGUGGACUUUCAAGUGGUAUUGAAAUUGCAUGCGAUAUAUCAAAUGUUACAAAAAAUUUAUAUAUUAUUUGUAAUAAAAAAAGUUGGAUUGUUAAAAGAAGAUUCCCAAACAAUGAAUUAAAUUUACCAGUUAAUGAUCAUUGUAUUCAAUUUAGAGAACUUCAUUAUAAAGAAAUGCCUGAUAUAGAAUUAAACAUUAUAAAAAAUAAUAUUUUAAAUAUAAUAUCUCAAAAUCAAAGAGAGAAUGAAUAUUUCAAAAUGACAACACCAGAUUAUAAAACCCCUAAUCUAAUUGUUUCAGAUAACUUUUUAGAUAUUUUAAAAAGUGGGGAAAUUAAACUUAUUAAUAAAACUAUAAACUAUUGUGAAAAUAAUAAUGUUAUAUUUGGUGGUGAAAAUGAUACAACAACAAUAGAAUUUGAUGAUAUAAUUUGUUGUGAUGGAUAUGAUAUUGAUUUAUCAUUUUUUAAUGAUAAAAUAAAAGAAAAGAUUUCAUAUGAUUUUUCAUAUCCUCAUAUGCCAAUUGUUUUACAUAAACAUGUAUUUUCACCAGAUUUGGAGAAUAUUGGAUUCAUUGGAUUAUUUAAAGGUGCUUCAAUGAUCGAAUAUGAAAUUCAAGCACGUUGGGCUGUAUAUUGUUGGGCAAAUAUAUCAAAAUUACCAACUAGAGAACAAAUGUUGCAUGGUAUUUCAAAAGAAUUUGAAAUUAGAAAUCAAAAUGAUCCAUCUGAUAUACCACAAUUUAUUUUAAAAAGUAGUAUAAGAUUUUGUGAUGAGAUUGCAAAAGAAAUUGGUUGUUUACCAGAUUUUGAAAAAUUAAAACAAUCUGAUCCAUAUUUAUAUGAUAUUUUAUGGAAUAAAAUGUGUCAUCCUGCUGCUUACAGAUUGGUCGGUCCUUUUUCAAAUAUAAAUGCUGAAUAUAAUAUAAAAAAUGAUUUUAAUCAUUAUUAUAAAAUAGAUAAAUAA